AUUUUCCCCAAACACAAGGUCUUGACCGUUCGGGUCUCCUUAAAUCAGCCACCAACCCCGCAAUCACCACCGUACAUCCAAUUCCCUAAAUAAAUCUUGACCGUGAAAAACCGCAACACGAGCCAGCCACAAGAUCAGAAAAAAUCCAACGGCUCAUAUAAAAGCACUAGAACCUUCUCUUCCUCCCAAACCCCCUAUAUCUUCCCUUCUCAGCCUGAGAGCUUGUGCUCUACUCGUGCCACUCCAUCACUAGGGUUUCGAAGCUCCCAUUUCUCUCAUCACUAACAACCAGCCUCUGUUUCCAAGAACCUUUGACCAUGGGGAAGAGCUACCCUACCGUGAGCGAAGAGUACAAGAAGGCCAUCGACAAGGCCAAGAGGAAGCUCAGAGGCUUCAUCGCCGAGAAGGCCUGCGCUCCACUCAUGCUUCGUAUCGCAUGGCAUUCUGCUGGUACCUACGAUUCGAGAACAAAAACCGGAGGCCCAUUCGGAACUAUGAAGCACGCAGCUGAGCAAUCGCACGGGGCCAACGCUGGUCUCGAUAUCGCUGUCAGGCUCUUGGAGCCCAUCAAGCAACAGUUCCCAAUUCUCUCUUACGCUGACUUCUAUCAGUUGGCUGGUGUUGUUGCUGUUGAGAUUACUGGUGGGCCUGAUGUCCCCUUCCAUCCAGGAAGAGAGGACAAGCCUGAGCCACCUCCAGAAGGCCGUCUUCCUGAUGCUACCAAGGGUAAUGACCAUUUGAGGGAUGUCUUUGGCAAAACCAUGGGCCUCAGCGACCAGGAUAUUGUUGCUCUCUCUGGCGGUCACACUCUGGGAAGGUGCCACAAGGAGCGAUCUGGAUUUGAAGGACCCUGGACUCCCAACCCCCUCAUCUUCGACAACUCGUAUUUCACGGUGCUCCUGAGUGAAAAGUAUGAUGGUCUUCUAAUGCUUCCAACUGACACUGCCCUUCUGUCUGACCCUGUCUUCCGCCCUCUUGUUGAAAAAUAUGCUGCGGAUGAAGAUGCCUUCUUUGCUGAUUACGCUGCAGCACACCAGAGGCUUUCUGAGCUUGGGUUUGCUGAGGCCUAAGCUGCGAGACUACAAGGAUGAUGCCAAUGCCUGCGUGCUUUUGUUUUUUGGAUGCCUCUUAGCUUUGGGGUUUUAGGCUGUUGGUAUUUUUUUUCUAUUGGGUUAGGGAAGUUGUGACUUCUGCUUCAGUUUGGAGAAUUAAUAUGUUAAGUUGGAUAUAAUGAUGUGGUAAUCAUCCUUUAGAUUAAAUAAUACUGGUAUUUUUCUCUGCCUCAGAUUGUUCAUCUUUUGUGCCCUUGUUCGAAUAUGUGGCAGUAUGGGCAUUAAUAUAUGAGCUAUUAUUAGCCCA